AUGUACAAGUCAUCUAAAAUAUUUUCCAAUCGUUUUAAAUAUGUGAAUUUAGUGUCGAACGUAGCAAAGUAUGGGAGUGAUAAGACACAGAACUGUAAUGUAAGGAGUUUUGAAGAAAUCCCAGGACCUAAAAGUUAUCCCAUAAUAGGGACGCUUCAUCAAUAUGCACCUUUUAUUGGUGACUACGAUGUCGAAACUCUAGACAAAAAUGCUUGGUUGAAUUAUCGCCGUUAUGGCAGCCUUGUUCGUGAAACACCAGGCGUCAACGUCCUGCAUGUUUAUGAUCCAGAAGAUAUAGAAACAGUAUUCCGUCAAGAUCAUCGGUUCCCAGCAAGGAGAAGCCAUAUUGCGAUGUACCACUAUCGUAUGAACAAACCUGAUGUGUAUAAAACUGGCGGAUUACUGAGCACAAACGGUGAAGAAUGGUGGAGACUAAGGAGUACAUUUCAAAAGAAUUUCACCAGUCCGAAAAGUGUUAAAAGUCACAUAGAAAGUACUGAGAUUGUGAUAAGAGAAUUUAUUAACUGGAUAAAAGAAAGAAAUGUAUCGCACAAUGAAGAUCUUUUGCCGUAUUUGAAUAGAUUGAAUUUGGAAGUUAUUGGUGUUGUAGCAUUCAAUGAGCGUUUUAGAAGCUUUUCUCCGGAAGAACAGGAUCCGACGUCCAGAAGUAGCAAAACAAUUGAUGCGGCAUUUGGUUCCAAUUGUGGAAUUAUGAAACUCGAUAAAGGAUUUAUGUGGAAGAUCUUCCAAACUCCUGUUUAUAAGAGACUUGCUGAUUCACAAACGUAUUUAGAAAAGGUAUCUACAGAUAUCUUAUACAAUCGAAUUCAUUAUUUUGAACAACCUGAAGAUGGCGACAUUUCUUUGUUGGGAUCUUUUCUAAAGCAGCCCAAUGUGGACUUAAAGGACGUCAUUGGAGUGAUGGUUGAUAUUCUUAUGGCUGCUAUAGACACGACGGCAUAUUCGACCAGCUUUGCUUUAUAUCAUAUUGGAAGAAAUCCCGAAGUUCAGCAGAAAAUGUUCGAAGAAAUCUCCACUCUUCUGCCCACAAAAGAUGCCAAAAUAACUCCUGAUAUUUUAUCAAAAGCAAUUUACGUACGAGCUUGUCUCAAAGAAAGUUUGCGACUUAACCCUGUGUCGGUUGGCAUUGGUCGUUUAACUCAAAAAGAUUUCGUAUUAAGGGAUUAUAUAAUUCCAGAAGGGACAGUCAUUGUAACUCAAAAUUUUGUGGCUUCUCGAAUGCCGCAGUAUGUAAAGGAUCCAUUAAAAUUCAAACCUGAACGGUGGAUAAGAGACUCGGAGAGUUAUGAAAACAUUCAUCCAUUCCUGAGUUUGCCAUUUGGUUUUGGACCACGGUCUUGUAUAGCAAGGAGAUUAGCAGAACAAAAUAUAUGUAUUUUCUUAAUGCGGUUAAUUCGUGAUUUUAACGUAACAUGGAUGGGUGAAGAUCUUGGUAUUAAAACCUUACUUAUAAAUAAACCAGACAAACCCGUCUCUUUAUCAUUUACUUCAAGAAUCGUGUGA